ACGUCAGACCCAUGGGCAGUGAUCGAAGUGGACAUCGAACGUCUCGGACUGGAUGGCCAGGAUCUCAGGCCAGGAUCCGUCUGUAACGAUCUCUUCACCAUUAGGAUUCCCUGCGACGGUUCUCAAAACGUGACGAAACUGCGAUCGAAGUCGAAUUGGUUGCUCCUAGAACUGCGCAGUGAUCCGUACUCAGAAAGCUCUGUCACUGGUCCUCUCCUCAGACACAGAUUAAGGCGAACGCAAACCGGUGUGCGCAUCUAUUCGGAAGGAAUGACGUCUCCAGCCUUCUUGCCGUCUAUCGCCGCCAUCGCCUUAGCGUUGAUUGUUGUUAGGAUAUUUUAA